AUGGGGUGCACUGGCAGCAAGAAAGCAUCCAGAGCACCUGCAGGCUGCGAAGGCCAAAUCAAGCGAAGAAAAAUGAAAGAAAGUGUUCCAUCUUACCCCAGGGUGGCCAAGGAUGCUGUCCGGCAAGCGCGUCCCACCCGUUUUUUCAAUGUCACACAAACCUCUGUUGUGGCAACCAUCGCAGUUGACAGAAAAUCCAUCAUACGAGCAUACAUGGAACCAGAUGGAGGAGACGCCCCGACACAGGGAAUUGAAGUAGAGUGCGAAGCUGACGUUGAUCAUUAUGUGUUGUACGACAAUCUGGAACCAGGGACGCUCUAUCGGUUGAAGUUGUUCUACGUUGCCCCAGAGAGUCGCCACUUAGGCAACAUGCUGACUGCAAUGCUACAAGGCACCCCUACACACUCCAAGGAUACUGACGCCAUGCAGGGUACAGCCCUUGGAGUGAGACGCAGCUGGACAGCGAGGGUGCACCAGAGCGACGUCUCUGGGAGACGGAAGACGAUUCAAGGCGUGGAGGUAUAUCCUGGAAUGAAGCAUGUUGCAAUGCUCCCAAAUUAUGCACACAAAGCAGAAGUGCGCACGCUCCGUGCGGAAAGGGCGUCCUACCACUUGGUCAAUCAACCUCCCUCGAGUUUCUGGCAAUAUAUCUAG